GCCCGUGCUCAUGAAGUUUAGGCCCGGCACGGCCCAUAAAUUAUUCGUGCUCGUGCCGGGCUGACCCAUUUAUUUCGUGCUCGUGCUCGUGCUCGUGCUCUAACCGUGCCGUGCCGUGCUAGCCCGUGGGCGGCACCGCCCGGUGCCUACGUACAGGUGGGAGUUUGGUUCGUGAUUUGCAGUUUAACAUGCAAAUCACACCGAACCACAUAUUGUUUGGCUAAUCACUAACCGUAUAUUAUGGUUAGUGGUUUUGUUGUUGUUAGUGAAAUUGUAAACUUUUUUGUAAUUAUUACGGUUAAACCACAAUAAUUGCACAACCCACACUUAUUCAUUAAAUUUUUUUUAUACGUAUCAGUAUGUAAUUGACUCGCUCCUACUGUCACUCUAGAAAAUGGCCAAGUGUAACCACUUCCUAAUGCGUAGUAUAGCGGGUUUGGGUUUUAAUGUCAACCCAGGUCCUAGAUGUGAUGACUACUCAACGAAUUCUUAUUAUUUAGCGGUGAAACUUUAGUGCAGGUUCAAACAAGCAAGCAAUUAAACGGUUGUUUUCAAGUUGAGAGAGGUCACCCGGAUAUGGUUCCCCCUAGACUGCAGUUAAGCCGGGUUGUAAUUUACCAAGUUCAAUUCCUAUGAUAGUUAUACUGCGGGAGGUUCUUAAGCAGUCUGAAGUUCAACUAAAGGUCUCCAGACCCUCUCAAUCUGAGCCCCCAGCGGGCGACUAGCCUCCACCAGAGUAAACAGAUUGAGGCCCUAACGAACCAAACCUCCACUACCGAAGUAAAUUCGGUACAUUAUAGUGAAUUGACUCCUCGACUAAAGUCGCCAAUUCACUACCUUCAAUUAAGGGUGCUCUAUCAACCUAGGCAGAUAUUCUCUUUCUAGGCUAAAGUAGAAAUAACAGGAAUUUGAUCAGGAUUCAUGCCAUUCAAUCAUUCAAACCUCAAUUGAAUAUAAUCAAAUCAUAGAAUCUGUACUUGGGUUCAUACAAUCAGACCUAACAUACAAAUCUAGGGUUCUCCAUACCCAGAUGAAUAAGAAAACUACUCCAUAGAGAGAGAUGGAAAAUCUAGCUCAGAUGCGGAAACCAUACUGUGAAGGAUGAUAAUCUGCUUAUGGCGCUCAAUCGGAUCUUCUCCAAGCUCAAGGAUCGAUCAAAGACACUUGAAGACUCAGUUUCGUCACUUUCUCUCUCUAGGUAUCGCUCUGUCUCUCCAAAACUCAGAACUCCUUCUCCUUUGGCUCAAAUCUGCUUAAAAGGCCGGCCCUGGGCAAAACACGGUCGAGGGCACAGCCGUGCUUUGGUUUUGCCCGCCCGUGUUUUGCCCCGUGUUAAAAACACGCCCGCGUCGGCCAAAACACGGUCGUGCCUAAAUAUGGACACGGUCGUGUUUUGCUUUAGGGCAGCCCGUGUGUUAUGGGACAAUCCAAGUACCACAUCGGUUAUACAAGGGAAGGAACCCUUGUAUAUUAGUGUCCACCAAUCUCAUUAGUACGAGGCCUUUUGGGGAGGACACCCAAAAGUAAAACCGUGCGGGCUUGGCCCAAAGCGGACAAUAUCGUACUAAUGAGCAGCCCGGUUAUGACAAGUGGUAUCAGAGCCUGGUUCGGCAGAUUCGGGGCGGUGGACGUCAGUUCGGUGGACCCUCGCUCGGUGACCUCGGGGUUUGAGAUCUGCAUCUGGUUUGGUGGAUCCAGGAGAGAUCCACGUUUGGGCUUGGCGGAUCAAAGAGAGUUCCGCAUUUGGGAAGCAGAUCAAAGAGAGUUCUGCGUCUGGUAAAGUCCUUGUAUCGAGAAUCCCAUCGAUACAAGGCAUCUGGCGGAUCAAGAUAAUUGAUGAGGUGAGGACACGAUGUUCGUGGUCCUUGGCUUGAGGGGAGGAUUGUUAUGGGACAAUCCAAGUACCACAUCGGUUAUACAAGGGAAGGAACCCUUGUAUAUUAGUGUCCACCAAUCUCAUUAGUACGAGGCCUUUUGGGGAGGACACCCAAAAGUAAAACCGUGCGGGCUUGGCCCAAAGCGGACAAUAUCGUACUAAUGAGAUUGGUGGACACUAAUAUACAAGGGUUCCUUCCCUUGUAUAACCGAUGUGGUACUUGGAUUGUCCCAUAACAAUUCUCCCCUCAAGCCAAGGACCACGAACAUCGUGUCCUCACCUCAUCGAUUAUCUUGAUCCGCCAGAUGCCUUGUAUCGAUGGGCUUCUCGAUACAAGGAAUUUACCAGACGCAGAACUCUCUUUGAUCUGCUUCCCAAAUGCGGAACUCUCUUUGAUCCGCCAAGCCCAAACGUGGAUCUCUCCUGGAUCCACCAAACCAGAUGCAGAUCUCAAACCCCGAGGUCACCGAGCGAGGGUCCACCGAACUGACGCCCACCGCCCCGAAUCUGCCGAACCAGGCUCUGAUACCACUUGUCAUAAACCUCCCCAAAAGGCCUCGUACUAAUGAGAUUGGUGGACACUAAUAUACAAGGGUUCCUUCCCUUGUAUAACCGAUGUGGUACUUGGAUUGUCCCAUAACACCGUGUUUUGCUUUUCCAUCAGUUUAGCUCUCGGCAAUAAAAACACUGGUGUGCCUGUUUGUGUACACGGUCGUGUUUUGGUUUAGGCCAGCCCGUGCUUUGGCCCCAGCUCGAGCGAAUGACUUCCAAAUGCCCCGAAACUCGUGCUUCGCCUUUCCUUCGACGUUUAGGACCUGAAAUAUGGCAAAGUAGUACAACCCGGCGUAAAAUGGGCCAAAAAUACACGACUACUAGCCGCAAACGGAUAAGAACUAAGAGUGCAAACAUGUGCAAAUACAUCGUUAUCAAAUUCCCCCACACUUAACCGUUUGCUUGUCCCCAAGCAAACCUAACUCAAACCAAUGCAACUCUCCAGACCUCUAUAGCAACAAACAACCCCCAUCGUCGGUAGAGGAUUUUCUAGAUCAUAACGCAGCUUACGAGGCCAACUGGUCUUCUAAGACGUCCCCUAUCUCUCUCAAUGCGAGUACUAGACUCAAGCCAGGAUCAUGAGAAGAAGUAGAAGUAAGACAGUGAGUUCAUGGAUAAAGGGACUCACACCAUUCACAAUCAAGGACUCGCGAUACU